AUCAGAUGUCAGGGUUGUUCAGUACUACCCCGGACACCCCUCUGGCUGAUUAAAAUAUUCGCCUUGUUGAUUUUGUUCCUGUUUCCUAAAGAACCCUUUAAUAAUGUUCUACAUCAUGAACUGGAGAUGUUUAUUAUUCUUCAUGGUCCAUCUGCUGAUACACAAUGUGUUGGUGCAGAGCAUUGAGACUCGUGAAGCCAUCGUAGGUGAUACAGUCAUCUUACCAUGUUCCACUGUAGCGGGUGGGGAUGUGUUUUGGCAAGAUGAUGAAGAAACAGUGGUGAUUAAUAUCAUCAAGAAUGAAGAAAACUUUCUAAACCAGGACCCAAAAUACAAAGGCAGAGUUCAAACUUUUCAAACUGAGAUUGCAAAAGGAAACUUCUCCAUCAAGCUGAGUAAUGUGAAGCUCUCUGACUCGGGAACUUACACUUGUCACCCCACGGCUCAGCGUGUAGAACUGACUGUUAAAGUUUAACGACCCAGUCUCCCACACUGCAGGGUCAAUAUACAA